AUGGGCAAUCUUUUGAAACCAGGCCUUAACCAGACUCCACCCGAGAACGCAGAAUUCCUCACGCCCGUCAAUUUCGACGACUUCCACAACAGCAUAAUGACGGAAUCAAGUCUCAAUCAGUUUCCCUUGCCCCGAAACGCGGGCACUGCUUCAGGCUUUCCCCCAAUCAAUUCCGCCCCGAAUAAGAACGAUGAGAAUGGCAUGUCUAAACGGUUGAGGAGCAACUCCAUUAGGAGGAAAAGUGUGACCAUUAGCAACCCUCCGAGCGACUCGGUGCCCUCCCGACCACCGACAUUGGCUACAGCUACUCGAAGUCGUCGUCAAAGUCUCGCCCAACCGUCAAAUGCAAACAACGCUGCUCCACGGACUUCACGUAAGUCCAUAGGACAAGGUUCGAUUCCUUCUGCGAGGCGACAAAGCUUGUCGAGUAGAAAGGCUAGUGCCGACACAGGCCACAACUUUCUGCAUCCACGCCCUCAGAAUCUUGACUCUAUGCCAAAUGAUGCAACGAGACUACCAACCAGUGCACGAAAUAUCAAAGCCAAAUCCCUACAGCCUCCGUCGAGGGAACCUCGUGAAACCUUCCUGACGACCACUGGAUCUGCGGAUCAUUCCAGAUCUUCGUCAACAAAUGCCGUCCGAACGCCAGUCAAGCAUGCACAAGCGCCGCUUACCACCCCAUCGUCUACAUCAAAGAGGGUUUCUGUAAUGCCCCCGCACGCGACAGGCUUAGGGGCUCGUACUAUAAGUCCGACGGAUGCACGACGACUGAAGCGUAUGUCAACGGCACCUCAGGCGCCUCCUUUGCCUUAUACUCCUCCGACUCAGACCGAUACAUUACCCGUCCGUCCUCGUUCAUGUGCACAGUCGCCGUCUUACAUUCCUCGGAAAAGCGUGACUCCUUCCUCCAAUAGAACUACCCCUGAUCCAUCCCGUAAAUCCUAUAGCUCUGGGUUAUCUUUGUCGUCGACCACAAGUCAUAACUCGGCAAGGAAUUCCGGGGGAUCAUUACAAACCCGGCUUGCUCAGGCUGCAUCGUCUUCUAGGCUCCCUACACCUAAACCUCGUGUAGAGCAUGCUGUGGCAGCAGACGAGGAAGUACCCCCUGUUCCUGCUAUUCCUAAGGCCUACGAGUCUCCGAAGGGGGAACCCGAGCAACCAAACUGUACAGCUCCUCGCAAAUCACACCUUCCGGUCGAUAUUGCCAUUUUGAAAGGCAAGUCGGACACGGAGUCGGACACAAACCCUACAGCUAGUGCAACUGAAGACGAUACAACAGAUCUGCCUGCCAAACGAUCGUUAAAGACUCCAGAGGCCAAGCACAAACCAACCGCUAGCUUGGGCAAAAGGAACCUUCAGCCACUGAAAUUGCCGCCGUUGAAUUUACUACCUUUGGGUACACCAAUGACUAACAAGAUUCAAGCCAUGAAAGACCGAGAGGAGGAUGCGAAAUCACGUACACCAACGAGUCAGGUUGUCGCAAAGACUCCAAGUACCCCUCUUACUGCCUCGAAAGCUAAUUUCUUUGCGGUCGAAGACGAGGCUGUACCACGCACACAAGCGAGAAGCAGCACCGCACAUUUUGUUGUGAGUACGUCUUCGGGUGCUACGUUGAGGACAGCCAGCAGCUCCAGCGCAUUGGCAUCUUUCGACAACAUGCCUGCUGGGGUAAGGACAAACUCGCCUUAUGUCUCAUACUCGCUCCCGAAGAGUAAUAGUGAUGCCAAUAAUCUCCGCCAGAAGGCCAGUGCGGAUUACUCUUACAGGGUAUCACAGUCUCACAAAUUGACGGGUCCACGCCCUCAAACCCAAUCAUCUGCUUUCUCUUCCAAUGCAGAAACGAUCAGCCAGAUCUCUACCCCGUCUGAUCCUGACAACAACAGCACUUCUGGGUCCUCUCUCAAGAAUAAGAUUACGAUAACCCGCCAUAGGAGCAAUUCCCGACCUCAACAGGUAACGGACGCAAGUACAGACCCCACUAAACUCGAGCCCAUGCCGCCACCUAAGCUUCCAGCGUCUGCAACCUGGAAUAGCCUAUCAACGGCCAAGAAUACAAGUCCCACGCUGAAGCCAAGCUAUUUCAAGUCAAAGCGACAGGUCUCUGUAUCAAACGCAGCAGGCUCGCCAAUACGGAAACCCAGUUUCAGCAGCGAACAGAGUCUUUCUUUAGAGCACAGCAUCUCGAACGAGUCGCGUAAGAGCGAUGUCGCGCCCCACCGUUCUGCAUCAUCAAUCCUCUCCCCAGUUCACAGGAUCCUCAACUCUGCGAAGUCGAACGCUGCCGCUAACUCCACUUCGCCCGAUCCAAAUGUUGACCCCGAUAUUCAGAUUGCUGACGACGAGAUGCGGAAACUUAAUGGCAGGCGAAAGGAUUUUGAAAACGCGGCGAAAGAGUUAGAUGAACUGCGUCGCAAAGCUGGACCGAAAGAACGUGUCAGCCCAGCUCAGGCUCUCAAAAUGGCAAAUCUUAAUAUCUUUGAGCGUGGUGAGAUUAUUGACUUCAAAGAUAUCUUUUUCUGCGGAACUCAACACGCAAAGAAACAUGUCGGGGACUUGAAUGCGCAGGCCGCAAACUUCGGCUACGACGAUGAUCGCGGUGAUUACAAUAUUGUCAUUGGGGAUCACCUAGCCUACCGAUACGAAGUCAUCGAUGUUUUAGGCAAGGGAAGCUUUGGUCAAGUUCUAAGAUGUGUUGAUCACAAAACGGGCGGGUUAGUUGCUGUGAAAAUCAUCCGCAACAAGAAGAGGUUCCACCAGCAAGCCUUGAUUGAGGUUAAUCUGCUUCAAAAGCUCAAAGAGUGGGAUCCUCAUCGUCGGCAUAGCGUUGUCAAUUUCACGCAAAGCUUCUACUUCAGGGGUCACCUCUGCAUAUCUACAGAACUGCUCGGAAUGAAUUUAUAUGAGUUCAUCAAAGCACACGACUUCAAAGGUUUCUCUGUCAAGCUCAUUCGGCGUUUUACGAAACAGAUUUUGAGCACACUGGUCCUUCUCCAUACCAAGAAAGUCAUCCACUGCGAUCUCAAGCCCGAAAACAUUCUACUUGUGCACCCAAUGAGUUCCGAGAUCAGAGUCAUCGAUUUUGGCUCUAGCUGUUUCGAGAACGAGAAGGUGUAUACCUAUAUUCAGAGUCGCUUUUACCGCUCACCAGAAGUCAUUCUUGGCAUGUCAUACGGUAUGCCCAUUGAUAUGUGGAGUCUGGGAUGUAUCCUGGCUGAGCUGUACACGGGCUAUCCCAUCUUCCCGGGAGAGAAUGAACAGGAGCAGCUUGCUUGUAUCAUGGAGGUUUUUGGCCCUCCAGAGAAACACUUGAUUGAGAAGAGUACACGGAAGAAGCUCUUCUUUGAUUCCUUGGGCAAACCGAGAUUAACAGUCUCCUCAAAAGGUCGACGUCGGCGCCCAAGCUCGAAGGAGCUCAGGCAGGUCCUGAAAUGCGACGACGAGGCUUUCCUUGACUUCAUCUCCCGCUGCCUUCGUUGGGAUCCGUCUCGCCGACUUAGCCCGCACGAUGCUCUCAGACAUGAAUUUCUCACAGGGCUCAAGAUGCCCUCGCGGCCCAGGACAUAUACAGCGAGUUUGAAUUCCCCAGCUAAGCGGGGGAACACUCUAUCAACCCCGUCAUCAGGUCGCCCACUUCCAGAACCACCUAGCACGAGUCUCAAGCAUGGCACCUUUCUCCGUAGUCGAGAUGUCUCAGGUAGCUCUCCAGUCAAGCCGAUAGCCGGAAAGCGCCACUCAACUGUGAGUGGUGUCCAACCGUCCACCCCCAAGCGAAGUACAACUACUUCUACAACGACUCCUGGGUCAGCAUUGCCUCGCGUUGCUGGUAGGAGCAUCAGUGGGAAGCCAGAUCUCGCAACAGCGGCGGCUGCGACCAGCCUGAGAACUAAAUAG